GUUAUUCCUGUCCUAACCGGAAAUAGCUGCUCUCAUUUUCUCCUCGUUGUGUUUUCAUUUUGACCAGUUUACUGAGCCUGAUGAAAUGUUGUUCAUAUGUCCAUACAUUUAAAUUCCCUACUAUCCACGUGUUUUCAUUCACUUGUUGGUUAAAAUGUUUGACGCAGAUGAAAUCGCUAAGUUGUGUUACGAUCGUUUCGCGCAGCUUCCCCGCAGAGGGAAGCCUGAAGCGGGUAGAGAGUGGAGCCUGUUGGCUGCUGUUGUCAAACUGAGCCGCUCCGCUCGGUCUGACUCAGUGAAGACGGAGGUUGUUUCCCUGGGAACUGGAACCAAGUGUAUUGGCCGGAGCCAGAUGAGUCCUGAUGGUGACGUCCUCAACGACAGUCAUGCAGAAGUCAUGGCCAGGAGAGGAUGUAUCAGGUACCUGAUCCAGGAGCUGCACAGAGCAGUGAGCGCUGACCACAGCACCGUCUUCUGUUCGUCGGACCAUCCAGGGAAGUGGAAACUUCAGCCUGGCGUUUCCUUCCUCUUCUUCACCAGCCACACUCCCUGUGGCGAUGCCUCCAUCGUACCCAUGACUGACAGCCAGGCUCAGCCCUGUCCUGCUGUCCCACCCGGGGACACUCGUGAAGACACGAGAAUCAGUGAAGAACGUAAAAGAAAAUCAACACAGCUGAGUGAAGGUCAAAGGUCAAAGGUUCCUCGUCUGAAGGAGCAGGAUCCAUCUGAGAUGGGUCUGGAGCCUAGGUACCCAAAAGAGUCUGGAUUUACAGAAACCCAGAUGGCUGACAUUCACAGAACAGGCGCUAAGUGUGUCCCCGGGGGCCGCGCUGACCCCCUGCAGCCCGGUGAAGGCUACCACAGCACCGGAGUGUUGAGGGUGAAGCCCGGUCGGGGAGAACCGACCCUCUCGCUUUCCUGCAGUGACAAACUGGCCCGAUGGUCAGUGCUGGGCUUCCAGGGUGCAUUGUUGUCCCAUUACCUGCAGGAGGCGCUAUACUUUGAUGCCAUAGUUGUGGGAAAGUGUCCGUAUAGUGAAGAGGUGAUGACCAGAGCUUUAGUCUCACGGUGCUCCCAGGUGUCACUGCUCCCUGCUGGUUACUCUGUGCAUCCACCACUGCUGCUUCAGUCCAGCCUGGAGUUCCCCUUCAGCCUGGAGCAGACACAGCGCCAUCACCAGGUCAGACAGGGACGCAUCUCCCCUUGUGGAGCAGCCAUCAGCUGGUGUAAUGUGACAGAGCAGCCACUAGAUGUUACUGCCAACGGCUACAGACAUGGAGUUACAAAGAAGGACAUGGGAACAGCCAAAGCCAGGUCUCGUCUGUGUAAACUGGAGAUCUUCCACUCCUUCCUGUCCCUUCUUUCAGCCUCCGAGCCUUCAUCACUUCCUGAAUCUCUCAGGAGAGCUGACCUCCUGACCUACUGGGACUACAAGCGUGCAGCUCAGAGUUACCAGCAGACCUGGGAGCAGCUGAACACACAGGCGUUCCCUCUGUGGCCACGCUCUGACAGGAGCCUCCUGUUGUUCCACUGAGCUCUGAUUGGUCGACCAGGCCCGAGUCCCAGACACUGCUGUUUCAGAGGGGUCAGAAUGACAUGAAGGGUUCUGUCGUUCUUCAACACAUUCAUUUUAUUGGACAGUUUUUCCAACAUGUACAUGUACUUCAGUCAAAUACUAUGUAAAUACUUCCAGUAUAUUUGAACUAUGACUGUACAACAUGGAUGGAAUAAAAGAAGUCGUUAAAGAU